AUGACAAUUAGAAGCGCCAUAGCUCGAGAACUAGCGAGGAUGAUUUUACCCGCUGAUUCAAUUGUUAGUGUUGUCGACCAGUUCCAAGAAGAAUUGUUAUCUCGACUUCAGACGAGUGCAAUUUCGAUGCUCCCGCAGUGCUCGGUUCCAGAUGAACGAUUGCGAUGGAAUCCCAAGGACAGAAUUUUGGCAAUCGAUUUUGGCGGAACAAGGUUGAAAUUUGCAAUCGUCUCUCUGCCUCAAAUUGUUAUUGAAUACGAUGAUGCAUUUGAGCUCACAUAUAACAUCGUCGACCCGACGUUUUUCAAUGGAAUUAUCUAUAAAAUAUGUACCAAAUUGGCUGAGAAUGGCUAUGUAAAAAAAAAGAAUGAGACUUCUGAGGUGACAAAGUUUUUUGUUUCCGUGACAUUCAGUUUCCCUUUGAAUGCAAAGGGCGAAGUCGUCGCUAUGGGAAAAGGCUUUGUAAUGACUAAUGCCCUUCAAGGAUUAACCGUGAAGCAAUUGAUUCAGUCUUCCUUUGAACGCAUAAUAUCAGACAACUUCGAAGAUUUUUCCUGUGCAAUGAACGUGUGUGAUGUAAUAAACGACGCCGUAGCAGUUUCAUUAACGAGUAAAUUUAUAUGUGAAAAUGAUUCAAUCUCACUAAUAAUAGGAACAGGUACAAAUGCGUGCUUUGAGGUGCCCUAUGGGUAUUUGCCGCCCUUCAAGAAAGACUCUUUGAGGGAAACGCUACCAUCGAACUAUAAUAAAGAGACGUUGAAUUUCAAACACGUUCUCGUAAAUUCAGAAAUUGGUUUUAUUGGUAAAGAUGUCAUUUCAUUGCAACCGUUCGACAUUCAUGGGGGCAUCUCCUACGAAAUGCCACUAGAAUGUGUUACUUCUGGCAAGUGGCUUCCAUUAUCUCUGAGAAAUAUUCUAUUGCAAUAUAAUAUAAUCCCGAAAAAUUUUCCAAUAGAGUUCAAUGGUGAACUGGUGUGCCAGCUGGCAGAAGAUUCUGCAAACACUUGGUUUGAAGAUCAGUACUAUUCGCUGAUUUGUCAAAUUGCACGUCUUUUAAUCAAGAGAGCUGCAUUUUACGUUGCCGCGAUAGUACAAGCUAUUGACAUCAUUACGGGCUGCAAAAACUACAAUUUCAUUCAUGUCGGCUACGUUGGAUCGUUUCUUCAACAUUCAACGUUUUAUCGGGAGCAGAUAAAGUAUUACUCGAGCAUUGAUAUUAAACUGCAAUUUUUAAAUCAUAGCAAUCUAUUGGGAGCUGCCAUAGCUACAUACUUGAACAAAUCGGACAAGCAUGUUUAA